GGCUGCGCCGCGGCGGGUAGUUCCGCGGUUCCCUGGGCUCCGGGUCCAGCUGCCUUCGAGAGCGGUUUCCGGACGCAGCCCGCGGAGGAGGCGCCCCAGCCGCGCGCCCCGACGGCGCCCGCUCGCCCACCCGCAGAUGCUGGAGUGAGCGCGGCGACGGCGGGAUGCUGGCGCUGCUGGCUGCCGGAGUGGCGCUCGCCGUGGCCGCCGCGGCUCAGGACGUCCCGACGCCUGGCAGCCGCUUCGUGUGCACGGCGCUGCCCCCGGAGGCGGCGCGGGCCGGCUGCCCGCUGCCCGCGAUGCCCAUGCAGGGCGGCGCGCUGAGCCCCGAGGAGGAGCUGCGGGCAGCGGUGCUGCAGCUACGCGAGACCGUCGUGCAGCAGAAGGAGACUCUGGGCGCCCAGCGCGAGGCCAUCCGCGAGCUCACGGGCAAGCUGGCGCGCUGCGAGGGGCUGGCGGGCGGCAAGGCGGCGGGCCGGGGCGCCGCGGGCAAGGACACCAUGGGCGAUCUGCCCCGGGACCCGGGCCAGGUGGUGGAGCAGCUCAGCCGCUCGCUGCAGACCCUCAAGGACCGUCUGGAGAGCCUCGAGCACCAGCUCCGAGCGAACGUGUCGAAUGCCGCGUUGCCCGGCGACUUUCGAGAGGUGCUCCAGCGGCGGCUGGGGGAGCUGGAGAGGCAGCUGCUGCGCAAGGUCGCAGAGCUGGAGGCCGAGAAGUCCCAGCUCCACAACGAGACCUCGGCUCACCGGCAGAAGACCGAGAGCGCCCUGAACGCGCUGCUACAGCGCGUGACUGAGCUGGAGAGAGGCAACAGUGCGUUCAAGUCACCCGAUGCGUUCAAAGUGUCCCUCCCACUCCGCACAAACUACCUGUAUGGCAAGAUCAAGAAGACACUGCCUGAACUGUAUGCCUUCACCAUCUGCCUGUGGCUGCGAUCCAGCGCCUCUCCCGGCAUCGGCACUCCGUUCUCUUACGCGGUGCCCGGGCAGGCCAACGAGAUAGUGCUGAUAGAGUGGGGUAACAACCCCAUCGAGCUGCUCAUCAAUGACAAGGUUGCCCAGCUCCCCCUGUUUGUCAGCGAUGGCAAGUGGCACCACAUCUGUGUCACCUGGACAACACGGGACGGCAUGUGGGAGGCCUUCCAGGACGGGGAGAAGCUCGGCACCGGGGAGAACCUGGCCCCCUGGCACCCCAUCAAGCCGGGAGGCGUGCUGAUCCUCGGGCAGGAGCAGGACACCAUCGGGGGCAGGUUUGAUGCUACACAGGCGUUUGUGGGAGAGCUCAGCCAGUUCAACAUAUGGGACCGCGUCCUCCGUGCCCAAGAGAUAGUCAACAUCGCCAACUGCUCCACCAACAUGCCGGGCAACAUCAUCCCGUGGGUGGACAACAAUGUCGACGUGUUUGGAGGGGCCUCCAAGUGGCCCGUGGAGACCUGCGAGGAGCGCCUCCUUGACUUGUAGCCGCCCUGCCCUGUGCCCAGGAGGCGGGGCUCUGCUCACCCCCUCAGCUAACUGUGUAUAAACCUCCCUCCCAAGGGCUGGGGCCCCCCAAGACUGAGGCUCUGUGGCAGCCUAUGUGACCGGCUUAUUCGUCCCCCACCGAGGUCUGGUCGUUUGGGGGGUAGGGCCAGAAUCCCUGGGGAAAAGCCCUGAGCCGCCGGGGUCCCACUAUCUGACCUCCUGCUGCGGGGAUUAUAGACCUUCAGGCCCUGCUCAGAACCCCUGUAAAUGCUAGUGCACCCCAGCCUGCCUGCCCCUCGGAUCCUUGGUGUGUCGUGUGUGCCUUCCGUCCGUCCCCUCUACAGCCUGUGCAGCCGUCCCUCGGGAGUGGCCAUGUCCCUUGUGCGUUGAGUAUUUCCUGCUGCCCACGGAGCUCGUAGCAAAGUGGCUGCUGCCCCCCAACCCCGCCCCCACGGUUCUUUCCUCCGAGGAACUCAAAAGCUCGAGGAGGGCAGGCCGCCCAGACAGUGCCCUGCCUGCUCCGAGGUGGAGGGGCCGCUGUGGCCCCAAAGAGGGCGCUGGGAGGGGGACCCCGAAUGGAGAAGGUCUGUGGCGGCCGCCCCUUCCCCUCUGUCACCUCCGUCAGACCAAUGCUUUGUCACAGAGUGCGGCUUCAAAAGGCCUCUCUUCUCCACUGGUGCCAAAAUUUCCAUUGCAGCUUUUACCGACCGCCUCUCCGUCUGGUUUGGGGAAUUUCUUUUUCCCAGCAGAAGAGAACAGCCAUUCGCAGGCUCCCGUGUUUGAUGUCUCACCUCACUGUGCGGGGUUUGCUGGUUUUAAUUCUCGUUGGUUCCCGUGAGCAUCUGACUGUCCCAAGCAUUUCCCCCAGAACUGGCGCAGGAAGUGGGUGUCAUCGGGCCGAUACUUGCUUGGUGACUGCGGGCUGCUUAAUGUAUCGGACAGCCAUAGCAGUGAUUCUUUUAAAGUGAUCGAGUGGGGAAAUUUGUAAAGCUAAAUAUUAUAUAUUUUAUUUUUCAUACAUGUUUGAGGUGCAAACCUGUGGCAGUUCCAUUUGCAGGACACGCUGACAUGCCCAUCCGACACCGUGACAGCCAGGACCUCCUCUGAGGCUGGCAUUCUGA